AUGGGAGGUUGUCAAGCACGCUCCACCGUUGAUCCACGAUCUUAUGAACGUCAUCCUCGUGUUAUAGCACCAAGACUAUCAUCUGAUAGUGGCACCGAAAGCGAUGAUUCAAUUGUAAGUAACAGUGGUUUAGUACAAAUACUUGAUGAAAUGGUCACUGAUAUCAACAAUAAUACAUUAAAAUUAUGUGACUUUCGUACUCGGUUAUCAGAAAAAAAUAUUAAAGCAGAUAAAUUUAUUGAACCUAUUUUAAUAGACCAUGAAUUCAUUUUAUUACUGGCACGAACUAUCAAAACUAUAUUAGAAAAAUGGGAUUCACCUGAAACACAAUCAUUGAGUGAAUCUGACAAACUAAUCUUUCGUAAUGCUGCAAUAUUCCUCGCCGAAAUUGCGGAAAAUUUCAAUGUAACAACAUCGCCCAGACUCUUUCGUUCAUUUCUAUGUACUAUGAUGUUUCUUGACGUGAUGCAACAAUGCCUAGAAGAUAUGGUAUCGAACGGCAAGCACCUAAUGAAUAACGAUGAUAAUUACAAUUUAGAAAGUUUUAUUUACCUUCUGAACAUUUUUCAGAACUUCAAAACGCCCUCCAGUCAAUCGGCUGAUGAAGUUAAAUCAGUAUUUAAAUUACUUACAUUAGUCAGUGAUAUUAUUCGUUCAAAAUAUUAUUUUGAAACAUUUUUUCAAUUAUCACAUGAUGCAUCCGAAUUCAACACCGUGCAGCAAUUUAUAUUAGACAAAUGUCCCGUAUUUUUAAAUGCAUACACAGGAAUACAUUCUUUUGAAAUACAUGAUACAUUACUCGAACAGAUAUUUGAUCAAUGCGUACAAAUUUUAGAACAUUUUAUUCCGAAUAUUGAAACAUGGAAGAUACCAGUUAUUCGUGCCAUUACUCAUAUUGUUGAUAUUAUGGUGAAUGCAUCAUCUACUACCCAAGCACAUAUUUUUCAACAACCAAAAAUAAUUGAUUAUGCCUUAACUAUACUUCGUAAUCAAAAACUUUGCGCAAGAUUACAAUCGAAAACUAUGAAUCCUGAGAUAUGGUUGAUUAAUUCAACUCUUACUGGUUUACAUAAUAUGAUUUAUGAUGCUAAACUUUUAGCUAUUUUGAGAAAAAAAACGCUAACAUCAGUUUUCAUACAAAUAACUAAUACUGCUAAGUAUGAUCGUAUUCGAAUUCAUGCAUAUCUCAUCCUAGCUGGCAUUUUAAGUGAAGUCGAAAUAAAAGAACUCAAUAAUGCAAAAGAAAUCACUAUGAUUUUCUUCAAAUAUUUGAAUAAAGCAAUGGAAUCCAAUCAAAAGAUGUAUAAAGGUGUUACUUUAAUGGCAAUGCUUUGUGGAUUAAAAACUCUUGUUCAACACGAUGAAAUUAAGAAUACAAUUCUUGCUCAAGAUCCAAAUUUACAAUUACUCUCGAAUAUUAUUUUUAAAACUAAUAAUCAAGAAUUAGCUCAUGGAUUAAGUAUUCUAUGGACAUUAUCGUUUAAUAAAGAGGUAGCGGCAACAAUUCUCAACAAAUCUGAACUGAUGAAUAAAAUUCGAAACUUAGCUGAAAUUACAAAGCAUGAUAUCGAUAAAGACAUAUCAGCUGAAAAUAUUAAAUUAACCAACGUCAUAUCAAGUGCAGCACAAGGAAUUUUAUGGCAAGUUUACGAUAGAACUACUGAUGUUGCUGAUAAUAAACCACAGAAGAACACAGAAGAAAACAUGAUUACUGACAAAUCAAUGGAUUUACAACAUUCGGAUAUACACUCACCGGUGGCAUUAACAAAGAAGAAAUAUGAUGUUAUGAUUAGUUAUUCACAUGAUGAUAAACAACUUUGUCAUAAAAUUGCUGAUCAAUUACUUAACGAUGGAUUUACAGUUUGGAUCGAUAGAAAUAAUAUGACUGGUUUAACGCCAGCGGCUAUCGCUGAUGGAAUCGAGAAUAGUGAAAUUAUUAUACUUGGUAUGACAUAUAGUUAUAAAAUUAGUCCCUGGUGUCAACGCGAGGGAAAUUAUGCAUUUCAACGUCAAACGAAAAUUAUUCCAUUAAAAUUACCACCAGCCUAUCAUGCAGAUGGCUGGCUUGGUCUACUCUUAGCAAAUUUAAAUUAUGUUAAUUUUACUAAACAUCAAUUUGAUAUUGCCUAUGAACAACUAAAAACAGAAAUUGAAAACUAUCGAAAACAAGUGAUCAAUUCUCCUCACAGGAAAUUAUUUUUAGAAGAACAUGAGACACCUUUGAACACAAAUGUUACACAUGAGGCUAAUACUAUACGCAAAUUGGAUCACAAUGAACAUCAUUCUCCUGUUCUUUCUCGAUCGGAUGCUCUUUAUACAUCAAUUCCAAUACAGAAUUGGACACAACAGAAUGUGAUGGAUUUUUUAAAUGACAAAAAGUUACAUCAAUUUAUUCUACUUUGUAAUGACAUGGAUGGACCUGCAUUACAACAAUUAUAUGCAUUUUGUAAUAAUAAUUCAACUACAGCCUUCGAAUCUUUACACAAACAAUUAAAGAAGAAAUCAAUCGAUGAUGAUCUAUCUCCAAUUGAAUACACACGUUUUAUUAGUGAAAUGAAAAAAUUAUCUAUUGAUGUUCCACCUCCACCUCCUGUACGAUCAGGUGCCUGCACAAUAAGCUAA